ACGGUCCCCGAACAGAAAGAACGCGAUUGUGUUGUUUUGUUUAAGAUAAUUUUGUUAAGAUACAAUGUUGGUGUGUUCAGAUAUAAUGCAGCAGUUCUCGCAUCCUCACAUCAUCGGCCUGGUGGGCGUGUGCAGCGACCCGCCCAUAUGGAUAGUGAUGGAACUGGCCACGCUCGGGGAGAUGAGGGCGUAUCUGCAGCAGAACGCGCAGAGGCUGGAGACGUCGACGCUAGUGUUGUACAUCUACCAGUUGUCCACCGCGCUCAGCUACCUGGAGAGCAAGAAGUUCGUGCACAGAGACAUCGCCGCGAGGAACGUGCUCGUCUCCACGCCCACCUGUGUCAAGCUAGCAGACUUCGGUCUGUCCAAGAUGGUGGAAGACAAAUCUUACUACAAGGCGUCCCGAGGGAAGCUGCCCAUCAAGUGGAUGGCGCCCGAGUCCAUCAACUUCCGACGUUUCACAUCCGCAUCUGACGUAUGGAUGUUCGGUGUGUGUAUGUGGGAGAUCCUGAUGCUGGGCGUGAAGCCGUUCAGCGGCGUGAAGAACAACGACGUGAUCGGGAAACUGGAGAACGGGGAGCGGCUCCCCCUCCCGCCGCGCUGCCCCCCGCGCCUCUACUCGCUCAUGUCCCGCUGCUGGGCCUACGAGCCUUCGCAGCGGCCCACCGCGCACCACCUCAAGGAGACCCUGUUCGAGAUAUUGCAGGAGGAGCGCAGUUCCGCGUGGGACACCAUGCGGCGCGAGAACCGCCGCGUCACCGCCACCAGCUGGGGGGACCUGCCCCCUCCCAAACCCACCAGGCCCGCCACUAACCUCACCGGUAACUACCGCCACAGAUGUUAUACUAUACUAGGACAGAUGCUAUAGGUCGCCCUUCUUAAGUUUCAUUCUACGGCAAAGCCAUAGUAUAAAUAUUAGAAGGUAAUUCGACUGCGGAGAAAGUAUGCAUGUGUGCACGGCGUGUAGGUACGCGUGCAUUCACGAAAUCUGGGCCUCGCUCGGGCUCCGUCCGUCAAGGACGUGCCACGUUACCGCUCUGUUUUGUUCACUUGCCGAUUGCUCUCGUUUAUUAGCGAAAAAAUAUGAGUAAUAAUAAAUAUAAAUUAAUAAUAAUUUAUGUAUGUAUGUAUAUAUAUAUAAAGACGUGCCUGCUGUCACAUUAUGAAAUGUUUUU